AUGAGUGAUCAAGAAUCUGUUGUUUCAUUCAACUCCCAAAACACUUCCAUGGUGGACGUUGAAGACCAACAACCCCAACAAUACGUCCCCGCAAAAACCAGUUCUCGUACAAACCAAUUGAAGUUAACCAAGACUGAAACAGUAAAGUCUUUACAAGAUUUAGGUGUCACUUCGGCUGCCCCGGUGCCUGACAUCAAUGCUCCUCAAACUGCUAAAAAUAACAUUUUCCCAGAAGAAUAUACUAUGGAAACUCCAUCUGGACUGGUUCCAGUAGCCACCUUGCAAUCCAUGGGUAGAACCGCCACUGCUUUAUCUCGUACCAGAACGAGACAAUUGAACCGUACCGGUACCAAUUCUUCAUCCACCGGUAAAGAAGAAAUGGAGGAAGAAGAAAUCGAAGAAGGUGAAGAUCAGAGCGCCGAAAACGAAUUGGACCCAGAAAUCGAAUUCGUCACUUUUGUCACUGGUGAUCCUGAAAACCCCCACAACUGGCCCGGAUGGAUCCGUUGGACCUAUACCGUGCUGCUAUCCAUCCUGGUUAUUUGCGUUGCCUACGGGUCCGCUUGUAUCAGUGGUGGGCUGGGAACCGUCGAGAAAAAAUACCACGUCGGUUUGGAAGCUGCUAUUUUAUCGUGUUCCUUAAUGGUCAUCGGGUUCUCCUUGGGUCCUUUGAUCUGGUCUCCAGUCAGUGACUUGUACGGUAGAAGAGUCGCUUACUUCGUGUCUAUGGGUCUUUAUGUCAUUUUCAACAUUCCUUGCGCAUUGGCCCCAAAUCUAGGUUGUCUUUUGGCCUGUAGGUUUUUAUGUGGUGUCUGGUCCUCCUCCGGCCUAUGUCUCGUUGGUGGGUCCAUCGCCGAUAUGUUCCCUAGUGAAACUAGAGGUAAAGCCAUCGCUUUCUUUGCCUUUGCUCCUUAUGUUGGUCCCGUUGUUGGCCCAUUAGUCAAUGGUUUCAUUUCUGUUUCCACCGGCCGUAUGGACCUGAUCUUCUGGGUCAACAUGGCCUUCGCAGGUGUUAUGUGGAUCGUGGCCUCUGCUAUUCCAGAAACAUACGCUCCAGUCAUCUUGAAAAGAAAGGCCGCCAGAUUAAGAAAGGAGACCGGUAACCCUAAGAUCAUGACUGAACAAGAAGCCCAAGGUGUUAGUAUGAGCGAAAUGAUGAGAGCUUGUUUGUUAAGACCUCUAUACUUUGCUGUCACCGAACCUGUCUUGGUUGCCACUUGCUUUUACGUGUGUUUGAUUUACUCUCUAUUAUAUGCGUUCUUCUUCGCCUUCCCCGUCAUUUUCGGUGAAUUGUAUGGUUACAAAGAUAACAUUGUUGGACUGAUGUUUAUUCCAAUUGUUAUCGGUGCUCUCUGGGCCCUAGCCACCACCUUUUACUGUGAAAACAAGUAUCUAGCAAUCGUCAAACAACGUAAGCCUACACCCGAAGAUCGUCUGUUGGGUGCCAAGAUCGGUGCUCCAUUCGCUGCUAUUGCCCUUUGGAUUUUAGGUGCCACCUCUUACAAACAUAUUAUUUGGGUUGGGCCAGCUUCAGCCGGUUUAGCUUUUGGUUAUGGUAUGGUGUUGAUUUACUAUUCGCUAAACAACUAUAUCAUUGAUUGUUACGUCCAAUAUGCAUCCAGUGCUUUGGCCACAAAGGUCUUCUUAAGAUCAUGUGGUGGUGCUGCCUUCCCAUUGUUUACCAUUCAAAUGUACCACAAAUUGAACUUACACUGGGGUUCUUGGUUGUUGGCUUUCAUCUCUACUGCUAUGAUUGCUCUACCUUUUGCAUUCUCUUACUGGGGUAAGGAAUUGAGACAUAAACUGUCCAAGAAGGACUACUCUAUCGAUAGUGUCGAUAUGUAA